UGAUUUUUUAUUCUUGCAGGGGAACAACGUGGCAAUUGAAUGGGUUACACAGACGUAGUAACUGUUGCCCGAACAUGGGGCUGGUGUGCGAGCGCGAUGAUUUGCAAUUGCAACAGCCCGGCACGCUGUUGUCAAAGCCAGCCCGGCAAGCAAGACCGAACCUGAUUUUCAAGUGCCUUCAUUAUUUCAUCAAAUUCUUCUUCCUAGUAGAAAUAUGUGAAAUAUUAUACUAUCCUGUCUUCGGAAGUUCCGAGGAGCCUAAUGAAAUCAUCAAUCUGCAUUCCAUUUGCAAGGAAGACUGGUUGGGGCAGAGUGAGAUGAUCACCACAGGAAUUGUUCUUUGGUCUGAUUCUGACCCGAACAUGAAUUGCAAGGUUACGUUUCAGACCGGAACGGCGCUUCAGCACUUCAUGAUCCGAUUUGAUCAUCUUCGAUUAGAUUGCAACGACAAAUUGAUGAUCUUCGACAGUGAUCAUUCUGAUUCUGAACCAAAGCUGCAUUUAAGCUGCAAAAAUAUUCCAUCGACCGUUGGAUCCGUACAGAUUCCCUCGAAUUAUCUCACCGUAGUUUUUGUUACUGAUCGGGAAGGACUGGAUGACUUCGGUUUCCGAAUGGUUAUCACUGCCUUCAAGAAGCCUGGCACUUUUGAUUGUCGCAUUUCUGCUGGAAAUUUGGAGGAGCUGGUGGGAAAGAACGGAUUGAUAGCGAUAGCGGUUGGCGUAGGAGGCUUACUGCUGAUAUGCUGUAGCGUGGUUGUUAUCAAGUGUUCUCGUCGUCAUCCAAGGAGUACUGAUUCGCAGAGCCAACUUCAGAUGCACCAAAUGUCAUACCCGAGCGGUACAGGAUUCAAUCAGCAAGUGGCUGGAAUGAUGUCUUACGAAGGGAAUGGUAAUAGGCAAGCCCGGGAAACAGCUGAAGACAUGUAUUUGAUUGGAAUGACCUCUGUGCCAAGGAUGGGAAAUGCCGCGCUCCCUGUAGAUGGGAUGGGGUUCAAGGGGUACACGGAUCUCCAUCUGGGCAUGUAAGCCCAUCUUCAAGCAAAACAUUGCGCCAAAAGGGAGAAUGGUUUGUUUGAAGGAAAGCCACCUGCAGGGAGCUGAAAUGAAAAUGCGUGCCCACAACGUUUUACACAGUACUAGAGAGAAGUUCCACUGUUUCCACAGUGCACUUCUUCAAACCAAUAUUUGAUGCUUUUGUGUUGGUGUUGCAGAUCCAAAUCAGUUCUACGAUCCCAUGGAAAUGACAGGUUUUCUCUUUUUGAGGAAGUUAUUUUCAUAAAUAAUGUCAAUUACAUGGAAUGAAAUGAUAUAUUCUAUGCUACAUAGAAAUUGGAUUUUCUUCCGUUAGUGAUGUUGGGAGCUGAAUCGUUGUGCAUUAUUUUCCAGUCACCAGAUCUCGAUUUCCCCUUGCCGAUAUUGGCCAUUUCGAUUGGAACUUCACGUGAAGGUUGGGAAGGAAGCGAGAAACUCACGUGAAGUGAGUGUCAUAUGUAAACUAAGCUUUACUACGAAAUUUUCUAAAGAAAAAAAAAGUUGCGUUUCCAUUUGAAGUCCCGAUUGUGUUCGUUUUUUGUAUUUUCCUCUGUUUUUAGAAGCCGUUGAAGGUUUUACGAGAAUCAGAAUGUGUUCAGAGCACCGUUUCGAAAUUUUCGUUGAUACUGCUCAAACGGUGAAGAAAUUUUUAGAAAGGGAUCGCACGUUGAAGUGAGGAGUGAGUCGGACAAUCCCGGAAGUAUUCGCGAUUUUCUGCCGAGGUUAAUUAAGGAGAUUGUGUUUAUAAUUUUUUUUUAAUCGCUGCAGUCCAGAAGUUUGUGAUAGCGGAUUACUCAUUGAUCGUGUAGUCCUGGUGGAAAUCCGUCAGUAUGACUUGGAUGGAUCCCUUUAUCAGAGAAAUUAUUCUGGAGGCUUCGUUCAGUAUGUCAUAUGCCGUUGUGCAAGUCGAGUCUUUGUACUAAAAGCGUUUCCAAGGAAGAGCUAUUUACUGAUUACCCCUUGUGGUGCAAAUCGCGCUGUUACUCAUUCUGGAAAUGAAAGUGCUGCAUCUCAUGAAUCGUCCCUCGAACUUAUCACUUGCACAAUUAUGGUCUCGAAUUAUGUAUUCAUUUUCAUCACGUGUUCAAAUGGAAGGUUCCGGAAAUCUCAACCAAAGAUAUGCUCUCGUGCAGAAAUUCUCGAACUGCCUAGGUAUUCUCUUGUUUUGGUGACGAAGUCGUUUUGUCGGUCGGACGUCUGCACUCGUUUCUAUUGUUUACAGUUGUUAAGAACAUACAAACCGUAUGUUGAAGUCGUGAACAAUGAAAUGAGUCUUCUUUAAAAAAA